AUGGAUAAGGCUUGGAUGCAUAUUGAAGAUAGAUUGCAAGACAACAAAUACGCUAAAGGAAUAGAUACAACUUAUACGAAAUGGAUUGUCCAUGGUGAGGAGGAAACUUUGCUAGACACGGCAUUUUCAGACGAGGAAGGUGAUGGUGCUAAUAACUACAAUGACUACAUUGAUGAUGUCGACGAGAUGCUAGAUGACAUCCGUGUGGGGUCCUUUAUGAAAAAUUCUGGUACACCAUCUGCUUAUGCAGACCAGCAUCACCAAGGUCACACCUCUGAUGCUCCAAUCAACCUUAACUUUGAAGAGUUGCUUGACGACGCAAAACGUCCACUUUAUCCAACAUAUGAUAAGUUCUCAGAGUUGUUCUUCAUAGUCAAGUUGCUACACAUAAAGACAAUUGGUGGUUGGACUGUGAAGUCGUUCGACAUGGUUAUAAAGCUUUUGCAAGCUGCAUUUCCUGAUGCAUUGUUCCCAGCCUCAUAUAAAGAGGCUUGUCGCUUACAUCGUGGGUUGGGUUUUACUUACACAAAGAUACAUGUAUGCCCCAAUGAUUGUGCCUUGUUUUGGAAGGAAAAUGCUGAGAAAGAUGAGUGCCCUAAAUGUAAUGCAUCGAGGUGGGUAUCAAGUACAACAUACCCACAAAGGAUCCCCCAAAAAGUCCUCCGAUAUUUCCCUUUGAAGCCACGGUUGCAAAGGUUGUUUAUGUCAAGAAAGAUUGUCCAAGCCAUGAGAUGGCAUGUAAAAGAUCGUGUUGACGAUCCAAGCUGCAUGAGACAUUCGAUAGAUUCUAGGGUAUGGAAAGACUUUGACAACAAAUAUGGUUGGUUUGCCGCAGAUCCACAUAAUGUCAGACUUGGUCUAGCGAGUGAUGGGUUCAACCCAUUCAAUAACAUGAGCAAACCCUACUGCAUUUGGCCAGUGCUAGUUGUCCCUUACAACUUGUCCCCUUGGUUAUGCAUGAAAGAUCCAUAUUUGAUUAUGUCAUUGUUAAUCCCUGGACCUAAGGCACCGGAAAAUGAUAUUAACGUAUUCAUGCGUCCACUGAUCGAUGAGUUGAAGAAAUUAUGGCAUGAGGGAAUUCGUACAUAUGAUGCACACAAAAGACAAAUGUUUUCAUUGCAUCCAGCAUUACUUUGGACUAUCAAUGACUUCCUCGUAUACGCCAAUCUUUCAGGUUGGAGCACAAAGGAUAAGAUGGCAUGCCCUACAUGUAAGGCUGAAACAGAUUCGUUGUGGCUGGUUUAUAGCCUUAAACAUUGUUAUAUGGGUCAUCAUCGGUGGUUGGCUUCAGAUCACAGUUGGAGACGCAAAAAAAAAAAUGCUUUUAAUGGUAAGGAAGACCAUCAUCUCCAACCAGAAAUCAUCACAAGAAUGACAUUGCUGGAUCAAUUACAUGAGGUCUCAAAUGUGCAGCUGGAGUUGGGAUUGAGACAUAAUUUGGACGUCAUGCAUAUUGAGAAAAACAUCUGUGAUAACGUGCUAGGAACCUUGAUGAAUAUUGAAGGCAAAAGUAAGUACACUGCCAAUGCGCAAAGGGAUUUGGAAAAUCUUGGCCUAAGGAAAGAUUUGCAUCUACAGCAUGAUGGUAAUCAUACAUCUAUGAGUCUUGCAGCUUACAUGUUAAAUGUAACUGAACGAAGGAGUUUUUGUGCAUGGUUGUCAGAAAUCAAAUUCCUUGAUGAUUUUGCCUCAAAUAUUGCCCGGUGUGUCAACGUUAAGGAAGGGAAAAUCAUGGGAAUGAAGAGCCAUGAUUGUCAUAUCUUUAUGCAAACAUUGUUGUCGGUUGUGAUUGGUGGGUACUUACGACCUGAUGUGCAUCAAGCUUUGUCUGAGUUAAGCUCGUUUUUCAAAGAAUUAUGUUCACGAACACUGGAGAAAACAACAUUGGUACGACUUUAA